GCUCUUCAGUGGUAAUAAACUAGCACAGCCAUGAAUAAGCAAAUCGCAGUCGUUACUCUUCUUAUAGCCAUCGCCGUCAUCGCCACAGCUUACGAUUUUAACGACCCGCUAUUUAACCAAAUCCUGGCCGAUGAGCUGGCGGAACUUCACUCGUUGGAGGAUGAAUUCCAGCAUCCCAGGAGCCGUAGGGACGAGGAAGCGGUGAACUUAGAUAAGGACAAGUGUAGACCCUUCAGGAGGAAGAGUUGGUGCUGCGCUGAAGAAACUACCGACGCGCUGCACGAGAAGAACAGGGAGAUAAAGAGGGAGUGCUUCAAGAAAGUGACAGGUAGGGAUAAGGAUGGGAAGGACAGCAGAGACGGGAAGGAUGGGUUUGAUCCUUUCAGAUGCGAUAAAGUGGAGAAACAUAGGAAGGAAAUGACGUGCGUCGUCCAGUGCGUCGGCCAGCAAAAAGGCUUGCUGGACGAGGACGGUAACCCCAAAGAGGCCGAAUUUACGGCUUUAGUGAAAGAGACCAUGUCGAAGGAAUCCUGGUUCGCCUCUAUCCAGGACAAAGUGAUUCCUACAUGCUUGGCUGAAGCCAGGAAUGCCACAGCCAACCGCGAUACCUCCGAUACUGAAUCUUGUAAUCCGGCCGGCGUUAAACUCGUGCACUGCUUGUUUAGGGAAAUUCAGCUCGGUUGCCCUGCCGAGCAGAUAAAAGAUCAGAAAGCCUGCAAUAGGGUCAGGGAUAAGAUCAAACGCCACAACGACUUCUUCCCGCAUCCGCCGCCGUCGUUCCUCCACGACGAGUAAAUUAACGACAACCUGCCGGGGCUAUUAACGAGCGUUUUCUAAAGGGGUUAAUGAGUAGGCGUAUUACUUCCUUAGUGCUAGUUUGCUGUGUUAUAUUGUUCGGUUUAUUGUUAUAGUAUACCUUGUAUUAUUUAAAGAUUUAUUACUUAAUUAAUAGAAACAAGUGUUUAAAUAAAA